AUGCACCGUUCACGAGAGGAUAUCCAGGGGCUCUAUGAGAGCACCAAGACCCGGAAUUCGCAGCUAUACUCGGGGCCUCUGAAUCUGGUUGCACAAUAUAACAGAUCCCCUCUCCUUUCCAACGGCUACAUCCAAUUUCAAGUCCAUUCGUCUCCCUCCACCGUCCUUUCGACCACCAUGUCUGACGGAUCUCUUUACGUCCGAGACUCGCGGACAUGCAGAGAGUACGAGAUUCCCAUUCGACGCAACACCGUCCUAGCGACAGACCUCAAGCAGAUCAAAGCGUCUCCCAUUGGGGCUAACCGGGCCGACAAAGUGGGAGAUGGCCUUCGCGUGUAUGAUCCCGGCCUCCAGAACACGGCUGUCGUGGAGACGAGUAUGACCUAUACAGACAGCGAUCGUGGACUGCUGCUAUUCCGCGGAUACUCGCUAGAACAGCUCUGGCACGCAGAAUUCGAGGACAUGCUGCAUCUGAUGGUCUGGGGGAAGUAUCCGACUCCGUCCCAGCAAGAGUCCUUGCGUCUUACGUUGGCGACAUUGAUGACCCGCAUCCCGCGGCAUGUAUCUGAAGUGAUUGAGAGAUUCCCACGGUCCAGUCCGCCCAUGCCCAUGGUCCUGGCCGGCCUCUCUGCAUACCUCGCCGACGACGUCGACGCAAUCCCAGCCUUCAACGGCGGCAACAUCUACCAUGGCAACCCCGAGAAGUCAGACCGGGCUAUUCUCAAGACCGUCGCCGCAUACGCCGUUGCGGUCGGCCUAUCCUGCAGUCAUCGCAGGGGCACCAAAUUCAUCCCGGCAACCGCGGACAGAACAUACUUCGAAAACCUCUUCACCAUGAUGGGCCUCGUGGAACCAUUCACCGAACAUCCAGACCCGCUGAAACUGUCCUGUUUCCGACGAUUUGCCGUCCUUAACGCCGACCAUGGCAUGGCGUUAUCGUCGUUUUCAUGUCUGGUCACCGCUUCAUCGCUCGCCGACCCCGUUUCCUGUGUGGUGGCUGCUCUAGUCUCGGCCUAUGGACCUCUCCAUUUCGGUGCACCAGAGGCGGCAUAUAAGACCAUCCAGAAAGUCGGAACGGUAGACCAGGUUCCGGCCUUUCUGGAGGAAGUGAAGACGGGAAAGCGGCGGUUAUUCGGCUACGGUCAUCGCACGUACAAGACGGUUGAUCCGCGGGUGAAACCCAUCAAGGAUAUGCUCGACGAACUGGACAAAGGACUGGAUCCGGACCCGCUGCUGCAGGUGGCGCGUGAAAUCGACCGGCUUUCAGCGACGGACGAGUACUUUCUGAAGCGGAAGCUGUACGCCAAUGCGGACUUUUAUGGGACGUUUUUCUUCGUCGCCUUGGGCUUUCAACCCGAGGAAAUCCCGCUUGCGAUGCUGUCCCACCGCUUGGUAGGGAUCAUGGCGCACUAUAGGGAGUGCAUGCUGCGGAGAAUUCGACUCUUCCGGCCUACGCAUGUCUACACGGGCGAGACAGACCCAGUUCAGAAUAUGGAUGUUGGAUCGAAGCUUUGA